UGGAACUAUUUUACUUUAGCGACUCUAUCAAAGAGUCUGCAGCAGCGUUAGCAAGGAAUUAAUUAAACAAAAAAAAAGAAAUCUCUGGACGCUGGCGGUGGAUUAGUGAAAGCAGCUCGCUGAUAACGAGAAAGGAAGAUGGUGAGGCAGAGAUCGUGAUCUUUCAAUGGUUGAGGCGACACGACUCGAUCGCUUGGUGAUCUAAAGGCAUCCUUGAAAUCUCCCCUUUACGCAAAGAGACUUCCAAUGCCCUUCAAAAUGACCAGUGGGCUCUCGCUAAUGCUCGUGGGUUGCCUGGUUGCCGACCUUGUCCAAGCGGGGUACAAGACUGAAUCCCUCGGACGGUGUGAGGGUCGAGACUGCAGUGCAGGAUGCAAGUGUUUCCCAGAGAAAGGGUCAAGGGGAUCGCCGGGACAGAUCGGACCCCAGGGACGGAGUGGACCUCCGGGUUUUCCAGGACCAUUUGGGGUGACGGGAUCGAAGGGUGAGAAGGGCCACCAUGGUCUACCUGGGGCUGGCGGAAUGAAAGGAGAUAAGGGUCCGAUAGGUGUUCCAGGAUUUGUCGGAACAAACGGCAUCCCGGGUCAUCCAGGUCAACAAGGAUCAAGAGGUCUUCCUGGGCUGGAUGGGUGCAAUGGCACCAAAGGAGAACCAGGUCCCAGCGGUUAUGAUGGAUAUCCAGGAAUACCAGGAUUACCGGGUGAAUUUGGUCGUAAAGGAGCUAAAGGAGAGCCCAUCUACUUCUCCGGGGGGUCCAUUGAAUCGAGGGGUGAUCCUGGCCUCCCAGGUCUGGAUGGGUUUCCUGGUCCGAUGGGUUUUCCUGGACCCUCUGGUCCUGAGGGUGUCAGAGGUUCAGCUGGAAUUCCAGGGGGGCCGGGUUUACCGGGACCUCGAGGUCUGAAGGGUAACAUGGGAUUGGGAUUCCAAGGACAGAAAGGAGGAAAGGGAGACGUGGGUCUUCCGGGUCCUCCAGGACCGCCGCCUGCCACCGGAACGCUUGAGUUUGCUAGACCAGCCGGAUUUCCCAAAGGUGACAGAGGUGAACAGGGCCAUCCAGGAAUACCUGGCCCGACUGGAAGUCCCGGAUUACGUGGCCCACCGGGUAUUGCAAAUGUGUUUGUGCCAAAAGGAGAGAAAGGAAUUCCUGGUCUUCCGGGCGCUAGGGGAUUUUCAGGCGCAGAUGGGUCACCUGGAAUUCCUGGAAAUAAGGGUCGACCUGGUUUCGUUGGAAUAAGAGGAAAAGAUGGAUAUCAAGGACAGAAGGGUGAUCAUGGAGAAAUUGGACCACCGGGACCUACGGCUUAUACAGAUCAAAGUGGAACUGUCUUUAAAGGCCCUCCUGGAGAUCCAGGCAGACCAGGACUCUCAGGCCCUCCAGGAGGCCCAGGUUUCCGAGGCCCAUCAGGAUUACCCGGAUUACCAGGAUCUCCGGGACGAUAUCCAGGGUCAAAGGGUCUUGCAGGAUUCCCAGGUGUUGCAGGUCCUAAAGGAGAACGUGGAACGCCAGGAAGGGGGACAUUCCAAUCACUGGGACUUCCAGGGCAACCCGGUCUACAAGGCCCACCAGGACCACCAGGACCACCAGGACCAUCAGAACCGGGAAAUUCUGGGAUUAUAAACGAUGGAAAUGUUGGGCCUCCAGGCCCACCUGGACCAACUGGCCCUCCAGGGUUUCGAGGGAUCAAUGGAUAUAAAGGUGAACCGGGCGAUUGUUUCUGCAAUGGGGUGCGUACAGGAGGAAAUCAAGGCCCUCCUGGUCCUCCGGGAGAACCAGGAAAGCCUGGUUCUAAUAGCGGGAAUGGACAGUGUGGAAAUCCUGGACCGCCAGGAAGCCCAGGACAAACAGGACCGCCAGGUUAUCCAGGAGUGCCUGGUGGGUCAGGUCCAAAAGGACAGAAGGGAGACUCAUCGUUCUCUUCAGCAAGAGGACCAAAAGGAGAUCCUGGUGUUCCAGGACCAAGAGGACCCUCUGGAAUUCCGGGGAAACCAGGAAGGGAUGGCUUACCAGGUUUAACGGGACCUCCUGGUCCAACCGGGGAUCGUGCAUUUGGUUUUCCAGGAGUCAAAGGGCUCCCAGGCAGCCCAGGUCCAAGGGGACCUCCAGGAGCAAGAGGUGACCCAGGUAGUGGACUUCCAGGACCUCCAGGUUUCCAAGGACCUCCAGGUGAUCCAGGAAUUGAUGGAAUACCGGGAUCACCAGGAUAUCGAGGAGCGCCAGGUGACUGUUGCUGCGGGGAAACCGCUGGUGAAGGCGGCCGUCAGAGAACGGGAGGAGUCACACUCCCCUGUGUGGCCCGAGGCAACAGAGGUUUCAAAGGAUUGCCAGGACCUCCAGGAUGGCCAGGUCUAAAAGGUAGACCAGGAUUUCCGGGCACCCCAGGACGACCAGGAUUGAAUGGACCAAAGGGAUUUCCUGGAACUCCAGGCUUGUUGGGUGAAUCAGGUCCACCAGGGUUUCCUGGAAUACCAGGUGAUAAUGGGCUACCAGGACUCCCCGGACGGGAUGGAAAUGAAGGUCCUCCUGGGAAGAUUGGUAUUCCUGGUACUCCAGGUCUGAAAGGACAACCAGGAGAGGUCUACGGUGCAGAGCCAGGUGCUCGGGGUUUCCCUGGUCAACCUGGAAAACCAGGAUUAAAAGGUGCUCCAGGAAGUUCUGGUUUACCAGGCCCUACAGGUUUUGAUGGGCGGCCAGGACGGCAAAUCGCAAAAGGUGAAAGAGGAAAUCCAGGCUACCCUGGUCUCCGAGGCCUGCCCGGAUCGCCAGGUGCCGAUGGAGUGGACACUUUACCAGGGCUGGUGGGAGAAGGGGGCAGACCCGGUGAGCCUGGACAAUCAGGUUUCCCGGGACCAAAGGGUUUCGUAGGAGAUCGUGGGCCUUCAGGACCCUCUGGCAUGAAGGGAUUCCCAGGAAUGUCAGGAAAUCCCGGUUACCCUGGGUCUCCAGGACUCCCGGGACUUCCAGGGGAAUCUGGCCGUGAAACGCCAUAUAGUCGAUAUGGUGGAAAAGGUGAGAAGGGCUCUCCAGGUUUGAUUGGAUUCCCAGGAACACCUGGCCUUCCAGGUUCGCCAGGAUACGAUGGGAGAAAAGGAGAAAUUGGAAGUUCAGGAAGACCAGGCUACCCAGGAUCCCCUGGCAGGAGUGGAGAGAAAGGUGACCGAGGCUACAGAGGACCACCUGGAUCACCUCUUCGAAGAGACUAUCCAAGAACCGCACCACGAGGCGACCCUGGCAACCCUGGACCUCCAGGAUUCCCUGGCCCUAGAGGAGACAAAGGAUUCCCAGGACUACCUGGUCCCAGUGGCUUGCCAGGAUUGCGAGGUCUCCCAGGAUUUGAGAAAGGGAGACCUGGAGAUUUUGGGAUUUCAGGUGCACCUGGAAGACCGGGACGACCAGGACCAAAGGGCUCGGGCGGCAUAUUUGGUUUCCCUGGAACAUCGGGUGAAAAGGGUAAUGAAGGUCCGCCCGGUACACCUGGGCUCCCUGGUGAAACUGGCUUCCCUGGUCCAAAAGGUGAGCCUGGUACAGGGUUAACAUACCCAGGUACUCCAGGACCAAAAGGAGAGAGAGGGCUGCCCGGAUAUCCAGGUGGAAGAGGGCAGGAUGGUUUGCCUGGUGAUCCCGGCUACCGUGGUAGACCUGGGGUCAGUGUACAUAAAGGAUUUCCAGGAGAAGCUGGUCGACCAGGAUCCCCAGGUGCUCCAGGGCUUCCUGGACCUUCAGGAAUCCCCGGCUACACAGGACCACGAGGACGUCCUGGUCCUCCAGGACAGCCAAGCCGAUAUAGUGCACCAGGACUGAAAGGUCUCUCAGGAUCUCCAGGUCUGGACGGUUUGAAUGGUUUGCCGGGCCCUAAGGGCCCACCUGGAACACCAGGCAUUGUUCUAUACGCAUCACCCGGACUUCCCGGCCCACCUGGCCACAAGGGUGAAAGAGGAUCACCGGGAACAGGAACAGGGUCACCGGGAUAUCCAGGACCAAAAGGACUUCGAGGAGAUCCAGGUCGUGGUGGACCUCAGGGUCGUCCAGGGAAGCCAGGUCCUCCAGGUGGUACCCUUGCUCCAGACAUUCCCGGGAAACCAGGUGAUAGCGGUGGACCAGGUUACAAUGGUGAACCAGGUCCUCCAGGUCCACCUGGUCCUCCAGGGUUACCUGGUUUCCGAUAUGAAAGGGGAGAUGCAGGUGACCCUGAAUAUUCCCAUUUCUUUUUAUCUCCCUUUGUGUUUUACCUCUUUGGCCAUGCUUUGUGGAAUCUUUUAUAUAAAGCAGACACUUUCAAAAGCUCUUUCAAAAGCUGUACCACCAGGUGUGAGCAAGAUAUCCAGGUUUCUCCAGGACGGAAAGGUGAAAGGUCAGAACCAGGCAGAAUUGGAUUUCCAGGAACAGAUGGGCCUCCUGGCGACCCAGGUUAUCCAGGUCCAGGAGGGGACCCUGGUCCGAAAGGCUUCCCAGGACCAUUGGGCUUACCAGGCCCACCAGUAACUCUUGGAAAUCGCCAACCAAGGCGAGGUGAUGAUGGUCCAACAGGACUUGGUGGACAACCUGGACCUCCAGGAGAAAAUGGUGGCCCUGGUUAUCGAGGAAAUUCAGGCCCCAAAGGUCAUCCAGGGAAACCAGGCAGGGUGGGGCCAAAUAAGGGUUUGCCCGGCCCGCCAGGUUUUGUGGGAGAUCCAGGUUUAAAGGGCUAUCCUGGAUUGCCCGGAGCAGAAGGUUUUCCGGGGAAGCCAGGUUUGGCAGGGCGGCCUGGGCAAUCGGGCCGCAGCGUCAGUGUGGGCUACACACUGGUGAAGCACAGCCAGUCGGAGACGGUGCCAACCUGUCCAUUGGGGAUGACCAGACUGUGGGAAGGCUACAGCUUGCUGUACGUGGAAGGGCAAGAAAAGGCACACAACCAGGAUCUGGGAAUGGCUGGAUCGUGUCUGCCUCGCUUCACCACGAUGCCUUUCCUGUACUGCAACAUUGAUGAGGUCUGCCACUACGCCAACAGGAACGACAAGUCCUACUGGCUUUCCACCUCGGCGCCCAUCCCCAUGAUGCCCGUCUCUAACUGGCAGAUCCGACGCUACAUCAGCCGCUGCUCUGUGUGUGAGGUGCCCUCCCAGGCCAUUGCUGUACACAGUCAAGACAUAACCAUCCCGCAGUGCCCCAACGGCUGGCGUAGUCUCUGGAUAGGCUACUCUUUCCUUAUGCACACGGCGGCUGGGCCGGAAGGUGGAGGCCAGUCCCUCGUCUCACCGGGCUCUUGCCUGGAGGAUUUCCGCGCCACGCCUUUCAUCGAGUGCAACGGGGCCCGUGGUAGCUGCCACUACUUCGCCAACAAGUACAGCUUCUGGCUGACCACAGUCGAGGCGACCCGCCAGUUCGUGGAGUCGCCGCCCGCAGAGACGCUGAAGGCGGGCCAGCUCCGCACCCGGGUCAGCCGCUGCCAAGUCUGCGUUAAGUUCUUGUAGCCGUCUGGGGGUCUACCACUCUUGCUCGGCCGGCUGGCACAGGCACACCUCUCCCACCCAUCACCGGCCAGCUUCACUGACUUUGUAUACUAGGAGGAGGUGGUUUCUAAUGCGGACUGUACAAAAUAUGGCGUGACUUCAUCCUACUGCUGCGCAAAGCCUUUAUAUGUAUUCACCAAGUCAGAUUGCACACGGGCAAAACCAAGUACAGAAUCAGGUAGUGGUGCUAACUAGUUCUAGUCUUCCGUUUAAUUUCAGUAGCUCCCUCAGCACUUCCAUUGCUUAGUGAACAGAAGUAUGCAGAUGCACAAUGCAAUCUUCCCAUAACUAACCCCCAUUGACCUGCCUGAACUCAUGUAACAACAACGCUGGAGAGGUUAAGGUUCAGCACUUCUAUAAAGUCCAGACAUUUCACAUCUUUGCACAUUUACAUAAAUAGGAUCGGUUUAAAAAUACAUGAGCCAAAUGGAACUUGCUCGGCAUGGACAAGUUGGACCGAAGGGCCUAUUUCCAUGCUGCAAAGCUCCAUAACAUUGUAUUUUGUGUCCCGACCAGAUCAGAAAUGAAAAGGAAAUUUCAAUAUCAAAUCAAGCAUGUGGUCCACUCUGAUGUAUGGAAUUGCUCAUGUAACCACCCUCCACUAUCUGCACUCAACUGGUCAAAUUGUUCAUUUUAUUGGGAGAUCUUGUGGUUAUUUCUUCCUCAAGUUGUUUCUUUAAAUUAACUGUUAUCUGAGUAAGUCAGCUCUGCUGUGCAUCGGAGAAACUACUGGCUAACAUUGUGCUGUCAACAUAUUAGCAUCGGGGAUAGCAAUAUGUUAUGUGUUGUUGUCUCUUGCCAUCUCUCACAGUUGCCCAUUGUUUUCAUCCCCCAGUCUACAGUCUGCACAAGUCUUCUGCUACAUGAUGCCCAGUCUGAUAUUAUCAUAAAUGGAAGAUAGACACAAAAUGCUGGGUUACUCAAGCAUUUUGUGUCUAUUUUCGGUUUAAACCAGCAUCUGCAGUGCCUUUCUACACAGAAUCAUAAAUGGCAUUCAUUCACAAGUUAGCUAAACAUAAAAACAUCUGUUUUAAUGUCCCAGUUAAUUUGUGUGGUCGUUUACCUCAUCUCAAUUGCAUCACAAAGCUCUUUGUUGUAGUUAGUCGAUUUAGAUGCUGAAUUCAGGAUUCAAGACAUCUCACCUUUUGAAAAUAAAUCAGUCCAGGUAUGGAAGGCUUUUAUAUAUACUGUAAAUACAUUUGUUUGUUUAUUGAGCAUCUUAAUUUUGAAGGUCACAUCCCCCCAUCAACCCACAAAAGAAAGACUGACUUUCUCAAAAUAACACUGCUCUUGCAAUUCUCACAAAGUCAAAAAUACUUUAUCUAUGUCUUGCCUUAAUUGUACAAGGUGCCUUUCAUGCCAAUGUGCUGCGGCCCGCCAAGGCCACGGUAUAUCACACCACCAUGGCCCAUUGUUUUUAAAGCUGCCACAUGCACCUCAUUGGUCACAGGCCAAAACAGGAAUGGGAGGGAGAAGGAAUCAUAGGAAGUUUCAUGUUUACUCAACACAUCAAUGUGCUUGUUCUAACAUCUAUGGCUACCUCAGAAAGUUCAAAUGUUGCCCUACUUUCUCACCUCUUACCAUGUUGCAAUUACUAAGCAAUAAUAGAAACACAUAACUCUGCACUGAUAGAUCUGACUUUGCUUCCCUUUGCUUUCUCUAUAAACUACCUGCGUUUGUGCUGCGGUGGCUGGGAAUAAAACUGAAUUUCCUGAAAGCUUACAGCAAUGGAGACAUGGUCAGAAAUGGUCGGAAAUGUCACUGUUUGCAAUCUCAUUUGACGUUGACUAGCAGAGUGAAUUCCCUCAGUCAUUAUUGCAUGUAAGCACAAAAUACUUAAUUCCACAAAAACUGAAUUUUUUUACAUUCAGCAGUCGGAUUUAUUGCCAAUUAUUGGAUGCAGCACUGAUGUAAAGCAAGUUUCUCACUAUCAGAGCAUAACGCAGCACUUAAUAAAUGAUAUUGAAGCAGAAAAAGAAGAUAAAAUACAUACGCAUCCUUGCAAUCAUUAUCAUAUAAAACUAAUAUAUAUCAUUCAAGGAUGUGUCUCCCCAUUGACUUAGAGGAAGUUGUUUGAAGAAAAAAUAAUUUCUUAAAAGGACAUUAAGGAAUUGGGUUGAAUUUGUUGCUCACGCCACAUGCAGGGGAACAUAACACAACCUGAAAUAUAAUUGCUGGGGCUUUUGUUUUACUUCAAUAAUGUCACACUUUCAUUCAACCUGUUUUGAAAUUCACCAUUAUCAGGUGUAUUCCAUGUUAGUAUGAGUCUACAUCUCAGCUCUAAAUGACUGUGAUAAUUUAAUCGCACAGAAGCUAACAAAGCUAACAGAAUCGAGGGAUAUGGGGAGAAAGCAGGAACGGGGUACUGAUUUUGAAUGAUCAGCAAUGAUCAUAUUGAAAGGCGGUACUGGCUCGAAGGGCCGAAUAACCUACUCCAGCAUCUAUAUUCCAUGUUUCUAAUUUUCUAAUAUUAAGUGGUUAGUGUGAGGUAUAGUGAUAGCUGUUCUCCGGGCAUUGACAAGACAAGGCUUGCUCCUUCAGUGCUCAGUAUUUAUAAUCUACAGAAGCUGUGGGUUCCAUCACUUCCAGCAGUGCAGCCAGCUAUGUUGAACUUUGUGCUUGCUUUCUCAGAGGCAUCCCUUUACACAACCAUAUAGGGAUUUAUUUUAGACAAGAAUAUAGAAGGGCAAUGUAUUGGUCACAAUAAGGCAGCCUAGCUGCCCCAAGAGGUCCAUGAAGAAUGGCCUUUUGGAGUUGCGUAGAAAGAACAAUUUGUAGUUGUAUUUUCACAUGAGGAUUCAAUCUAUGGCCAUAUGCAAAGCCCACAGAGAACACUAUUAGAAACCUGGUAAGGCUUUGGAUGAGUGCUUGAGUUUUGAGAGUAGGUUGUUCAAAUCUAAACAUAAUGGAAGCAUGUUGAUAAAUUGUACAUCUGGAGCAUUCCGAAACCAGAGACAACCCUUUGUGUAGAAGAAAAUCAACAUAUGUUUAAAACUACAAAGUAUUUGUAUUCACAAUGGUGCUAUUUAUAUAGUUUCAACACACUGCGGUAUCCUUCAACCUAGUUUUCUGUUUAAAGGGCAUGGGGGUUCCCACCAUAAUUCAUUGAGCGAAAACCUACUUGUGAGCCCCUGAAUAAUUUCCCCUUCCCCCUUCUACAACAGCAGCCCUGCCAUGGGUGGCCAGGAAAGAACAUACACUUCUGAAUCCAGUUGGAUUGUUGUCAAUUGCACUUUUGUUAUUAUCAGUGCCCGAUCUUUCCCUCGUUUUAAACAAGCCGACAAUCCCACUAGUCACACUUUUGUUUUUUGCCUGAGGCCUUUAUAAACAGAAUGAAUACUAUCAGGCUUGUAUCUUCAAAUAGUAUAUGGUACUACUGAAAUUUUACAUUUAAAUGUUUGUACUAAAAGACUAUGAAGCUGUAUAAAUUUAUAAUCAUCAAAUGCUAACAAGGCAGCUUUGCUUUUCCUUGGCCAUUGUUGUUACAGAGAUAUUAACUGGGUAAAAUGAAUAAACUCAUGUCUGUCAAAA